AUGUACUCCUCCGAAGAGCUGUGGAACGCCACUGAACUGGUUGGGAUCAAUGGGUCCGAAGCAAACUUCUCCCACGGAAAAGAUUUGGACAAUGUUGGGGAGGAUGGAGAGCAGCAUCCUUUUCUCACUGAUGCCUGGCUGGUCCCUCUGUUCUUCUCUCUCAUCAUGCUGGUCGGACUGGUGGGCAACUCUCUGGUUAUUUAUGUCAUUUCCAAACACAAGCAGAUGAGGACAGCCACCAACUUCUACAUAGCAAACCUGGCUGCAACUGACAUCAUCUUCUUGGUAUGCUGCGUUCCCUUCACUGCCACCCUGUACCCCCUCCCUGGAUGGAUCUUUGGCACCUUCAUGUGCAAAUUCGUUGCCUUCUUGCAGCAGGUUACAGUUCAAGCCACCUGUAUCACCCUGACAGCAAUGAGCGGGGACCGUUGUUAUGUGACAGUCUACCCUCUGAAAUCUCUCCGCCACCGCACCCCAAAAGUAGCCAUGAUUGUCAGCAUCUGCAUUUGGAUCGGCUCCUUCAUCCUGUCCACCCCAAUUUUGAUGUACCAGCGUAUAGAGGAGGGCUACUGGUACGGCCCGAGACAAUACUGCAUGGAGAGGUUUCCCUCAAAGACGCAUGAGAGGGCAUUCAUCCUCUACCAGUUCAUUGCUGCAUACCUGCUGCCUGUCUUCACGAUCACCUUCUGCUACACUCUGAUGGUGAAAAGAGUGGGCCAGCCCACUGUGGAGCCCGUGGACAACAACUAUCAGGUCAACCUCCUGUCUGAGAGAACGAUCAGCAUCAGGAGCAAAGUCUCCAAAAUGGUCGUGGUGAUAGUUCUUCUCUUCGCCAUCUGCUGGGGUCCCAUCCAGAUUUUUGUCCUUUUCCAGUCUUUCCAUCCAAACUAUCGACCAAACUACACGACAUACAAGAUCAAGACAUGGGCCAACUGCAUGUCCUACGCCAACUCCUCCGUCAACCCCAUCGUCUACGGCUUUAUGGGAGCCAGUUUUCAAAAGUCCUUCAGGAAAACCUUCCCCUUCCUGUUCAACCACAAGAUCAGAGACAGCAGCAUGGCUUCGAGGACUGCCAAUGCAGAGAUCAAGUUUGUUGCUGCAGAAGAAGGCAACAAUAAUAACGAUGUGAAUUAA